AUCUGUUUACAUUUCUGUUGCUACGAGAGGCGAAUGACGGCCAGUCGUAACGCGCGUUCCCCUUCGUUUCAGAUGAUGGACAUGCUGCCGAACAAGGUGCUGCUGCACGUGUUCACCUACCUGUCCCACAAGGAGGUGCUCAAAUGCGCCCUGGUGUGCAAGCGAUGGCGGGCUACCGCGUACGACUCUCGGCUGUGGACCAGCGUCUGCCUGCGGCCGGAAUACGACGGAUUUCAGGUGUGCAGCAUCGAAGCGCUACUAGGACUGAUCAGCGUAAGGUUCGGUUCGUCGUUGUCGUUGAUCGAAUUAGCCACCGACCUCAUUACGGCGCCUGUCCUACAUGAAUUGGCGAAUAAAUGCCCAAACCUGCAGUACCUGACUCUUGACUUCUCUUCGGCGAUGCAGCUACACGACUUUGCUGACCUGCAAGCGUUUCCGACUCGUCUACGUUCCCUAACAAUAUGCCUGUCUGAAAACAUUUUUCUGGAAGGAUUUAUGCGGAAAAUAUAUUCAUUCCUUAAUCCCCUGGAAAUCCUUCACAUAAUCGGCACUUAUGAAAAAAUAGAGGAUGAAGAGGAAGAAGUGUAUGAAACAAUAAACCUUCAUAAGCUGAAAGCAUUUACCCCUAACCUAAGAGUGGUCAAUUUUUGGGGAAUGGCUUUCCUGAACGAUGACCACAUUAAUUCGCUGUCGUCCAACACGCCUCAGUUGGAGUGCUUGGCGAUCAACUUUUGCCAGAACAUUACCGGAACAUGCUUGAAAACAUUACUUACGAGGUGUAAACGAAUUAGGACACUCCUCAUGGAACAAACCGCGCUUCUACAUAAGGAAGUGAUGGAUAUUGAAUGGGACAAGACUCCGAUCGAGGAACUGAACAUCAGUGCGACAGAACUGUCCUCUGAGUGCCUUAUCAGUCUGUUGACUCGCCUGCCGAAACUCAGGUGGUUGAGUGCCACGUUCCUAGAGAAUUUCAAUGACCAAGUGAUGGAAGCUUGGAUUCACGCUGGUACCUACACCAACCUGAUCGCUCUCGAUUUAGACACGUGCGAUUCGUUGAGUGAAAAGGCUUUGUCAGAUUUCAUUUACCGUCAAGGACCAAAGCUUCGCGGACUUAAUUUAUGUGGAAACGAAAAGUUGUUGGAACACUUUUGGCUUACGACAAUACCCAUAACGAAAAAAAUCGAAGGUAGAUGCAAUACCAGAAUGAAAGGGACAACAGAUGACGAAGCCAGAUUGCCACUGGUUAUGCUCUGCAUCGGUCUGUGGCAUUCUAAAAGGUAUAAAUUAGGAAGCAUAAUUGGUUUUGCUGAAUUCUGUACCGUAAUCUCCAAUAUUAACGAGUCUCCAGGUUGA